AGUGCAUUCCUUUUACUACUGUGCACUUCGAGAGUAAUGACUGCGUUAUGUGCACGCAAAUUCGAAAAAUGUGGUGAAUCGGAAUUCACACGAUCGUUACGGAAUCUGAAUGAAUACUUUAAUUUAGAGGGAAAUCGUUUAGUUGGUGGUAAUAUAAGUGUACCACAUGCGUGGCCGUGGACUGUGCAAAUACUUUGGCGUAGUGGGGGACACCGAUGUGGGGGUGCUCUGAUCUCAACAAAGUAUAUUGUGACCGCAGCACAUUGUUUCUCGAAGAGUCGUAAUCCGAGUUUAUAUAAAGUACGCCUUGGAGGACACAAAUCUGGCACAGGAAAGCUGCAUAAUGUCAGCAACAUCACCAUACAUCCACUUUUCAAUAUUGUCGCACCAAGUGCUUAUGACAUAGCUAUCGUGAGGAUAAAGCCAAACGCAGUUCUAAGCAAAACAGUACGUACUAUAUGCCUACCAAUUUUACCAGUGGCCGAGAAUACGAUUUGCGUUGUGACAGGUUGGGGUCAUCAGAGGGAGGGUGGCUCACAUUCAACUUACCUGAGAGAGAUUCAUGUGCCCAUAUUAUCCCCGUUCACUUGUAAUGAUCUCCAGCACUAUGCAGGACGAUUGCACAUCUUUUCAAUGUUUUGUGCAGGCUACAACAAAGGAGGCAUCGAUGCAUGUCAGGGAGAUUCAGGUGGUCCAUUGAUGUGCCAUGUAAAUGGUCGUUGGGAAUUGCACGGAUUGGUGAGUUGGGGAAACGGAUGUGCUCGACCGAACAGUCCUGGAGUGUAUAUGCGAGUUACAGCUGCUGUACCAUGGAUCAAUCUUCACAUGCUAUUGUUCAAAUGA